CAUGGGAACCUUUCCCCAAAAAUAAAAUACUCCAAGUUGGACCUUAUUUUGCCAAAUGGCAAAAAAACGAAGCCACUUGGAUUGCUUCCCUGUGUGACACGCAAAGGCUUUUCUUCACUUCACCGCUUCCGUAAUCAAUACUCCCAUUCCCUCACUGCACAACCACAACCCAGCUUCAUUCAUUCUCUACAAUGGCGUCCUCUCUUUGGACUCCCUCACUUCUCACUCUUCCUCUUCGAACCUUGCUCCCUCCGCGCCUCACCGCGGCCUCGAAUCUACCGCCGCCGGGAAGAUGCGGAAUUGCUGCUGCCUCCCCUCUCCGCGUGUCCGCUCCGGCGACCACCCCGCCGAAGGCCGAAGAAACCCUAGACGAUGAAGUAAUACUGGAGUCGGACGAGAUCGAAGAGGAAUCGCAGUCGAAGUUCAAUUGGCGAGAACAUUGGUACCCCGUUGCCCUAGUUGAGGAUCUCGACCCUAGUUUGCCCACCCCUUUCCAGCUUCUGAACCGUGAAAUCGUCCUCUGGUUCGAUGGAUCGAGCUCCCUCUGGGUCGCCAUGGAUGACAAAUGCCCCCACCGUCUCGCGCCGUUAUCGGAAGGGAGAUUAGAUGAAAAUGGGCAUUUGCAGUGCUCUUACCACGGGUGGUCGUUUGAUGGGUGUGGGUCGUGCACAAGAAUCCCACAGGCUUCCCCAGUGGGACCUGAAGCCGGGGCCGUCAAGUCUCCGAGGGCAUGUGCCACUAAGCUUCCCACCAUGGUUUCUCAGGGACUUCUCUUUGUUUGGCCAGACAAGAACGGGUGGGAAAGAGCUGCUUCCACCAUGCCCCCCAUGCUGCCUGAUGAUUUUGAAAAGCCCGAGUUUGCAACCGUGAAUAUUCAGCGCGAUCUGUUCUAUGGGUAUGAUACUUUGAUGGAGAAUGUCUCCGACCCUUCUCAUAUUGAUUUUGCACAUCACAAGGUCACUGGAAGGAGAGAUAGAGCCAAGCCCCUGCCGUUCAAAAUGGAAUCUUCAGGACCUUGGGGUUUUGCUGGUGCAAAUAGUGAUAACCCUAGAAUUAGUGCCAAAUUCGUUGCUCCUUGCUAUGCCAUGAAUAAAAUAGAGAUUAACACUAAGCUCCCUUUGUUUGGGGAACAAAAAUGGGUGAUAUGGAUAUGCUCCUUCAAUGUACCUAUGGCACCAGGGAAGACUCGCUCCAUUGUCUGUAGUGCUCGGAACUUUUUCCAAUUUACGAUGCCGGGGCCCGCUUGGUGGCAGGUAAUUCCUAGAUGGCAAGAGCAUUGGACUUCAAAUAAGGUAUAUGAUGGAGAUAUGAUUGUGCUUCAAGGCCAAGAAAAGAUCUUCCUUUCAAAGUCAAGGGAAUCCUCUGUGGAUAUUAACAAAGAGUACACAAAGAUCACUUUCACACCUACCCAAGCUGACCGCCUUGUCCUGGCAUUUCGGAAUUGGCUUAGGCGACAUGGAAAUGGUCAGCCAGAGUGGUUUGGUAGCAUCGAGCAACUUCCAUUGCCAUCCACGGUCUUAUCCAAACGUGAGAUGCUGGACCGGUUUGAGCAGCACACACUUAAAUGCUCGUCUUGCAAAAGAGCAUACCAAACAUUUGAGACCUUGCAGACGUUUUUGGUGGGUGUCUUUGUUUUCUGUUCUGCAACAGCCGGAAUCCCUUCGGACACGAGAUACCGAAUGGUUUUGGGCAGCUUGGGGGUUGUGAGCGCCUGCUUGGCGUACCUCCUUCACGAACAAAAGAAAAACUUUGUUUUUGUAGAUUAUGUGCAUGCUGAAAUAGAGUAAAAGAGAGUUGAGAUUAAGCAGUCCCCCAAUCAGCUUCUGUAUAUAUGUUCCUAUGGGGAUAGGAACUGUAAUUACCUGUGUGUACAUUGUAUAUAUCCAUCACUAAGUUCUUUUGCUUAUGAUAUAGAGGGUGGAAAAGAGAUGAAAAAUAUAUAUUCACACAUUUU